UUUGAAGAGUUUCUACAGUUAACCACUUCCCCUCUUAUAAACAGUCCCUUCUCCUCAUAAUUCUCAUAAUUCUCAGACUUAAGCCUUACAAGCUUUGAAGUCCUCACUGCUUGCAACCAGAUCGGAGGAUUCCAUUAUUUUUUUAUAAUAUUGCAGGAUGACCUCCUACGCAUACUAUGAUGAUGAUGUUACAGAUUCGCCAGAGGAUGCCACUCCUUGUAUGACUCUUGAUGCUGUUGGUGGCUUUGCUAUCUAUUUCAUUCCAAUUACUUAUAUGGUGGUUUUCUUGCUGGAUCUAUUAGGCAAUGGGCUGGUGGUGUAUGUGCUAGCGGCAAAGCGCUCCCCUUGGCUUCUAGCAGACCACUACUUGUUUCAGCUUGCCUUGUCGGAUCUUCUGCUUGGGUUUACUUUACCUUUUUGGGCCUUCCAGUACAGUUCUCAUCAGAUUAUUAGUGACACCCCUUGCAAGAUUCUAGGAGCUCUUUUUACUAUAAAUAUUUAUAGCACAAUCUUCUUCUUGGUCUGCAUAAGCAUAAAUCGCUAUUUCUCCAUUGUCCAUGCUAUAGAACUUCAUAAAAAGCAGCGACCUCUUCACACAGUUUUCAUUUGCAUUUUUAUCUGGGUGCUCUCCUGCGCUCUGUCUUGGCAAGAGUUUUAUUUCCGAAAAGCUGAGGGCUCAUUAUGCAUGUAUAACUUUCCCAUAGGCAAAUCUACCUUUUGGAGAGUAGUUCUGCAACUUGUUGAACUUACCAUUGGAUUUAUUAUUCCUUUAGUGUUUAUGGUGUUCUCCUACUCUCGGAUACUUUGCACACUUCAAAGGUCCAGGCACAACCAUUCCAGACGAUCGCAGAUGGUUAUCAUAGUUCUCCUACUUGUGUUUAUCUUCUGCUGGGCUCCCUACAAAACUUUACAACUUAUUGACAGUCUGCAACGUUUGAAUGUAAUUGCUCGCGACUGCUAUUAUGAGAAGGUCUUGGACAUUGGAAUGAUCAUCACCGAGGCUUUGGGUCUUUCUCAUGUGUGCAUUAACCCAAUUGUGUAUGCAUUUGUUGGUGUUAAGUUUAGAAGAGAAAUCUUCAAAAUGUUCAAAAGAUUUACAAACCAGGUCUUUCACUCCGCAGCGGUUAUCUCUAGGGAAGGUACUAUCUACACGGACUGCUCUUAUUCUAGAAUCAUGUAAUCGUCCUCACUCACUGUCUGUCAUCCUUGUCCAUUUAUCAUGUUUGUUGACUUGGCCUGUAUCAUCAUUUAUCAUAAUGUUGACUUGACAUGACAGAUAUUAACAACAUGUGUGCUUUAAAAAUUUGCUUAGAAUUGAUUUAUUGAUGCCUUAAAACAUAUAGGCUUAUGCCGCAUACAGAUGAUCUGACAUUCUGACAAAACCGUGGAUAAAAUUUCUGACGGAUGUUGGCUCAAACGUGUCUUAUAUACACAUGGUCACACAAAUGUUGUCGGAAAUUCCGAACAUCAA